CCUUUCCCCCUUGCCAGCUGCCAGCUGCUAGCACCUGAGUAGUCGCUCACUGGGCCCCAAGCCAUGGCCCAGUCUGGGCACAGUCGCCUCCAUCCCUGGGCCAGCCUGCUCCGGCUCCUGCGGCUGCUACUGGGGUUCGGCCUCGCCUUCCAGGUGACCCAGGGAGCAACACCCGAGCUCUACGCCUGCAAGGAGUCCGAGUAUUACUACGAGUACACUGAGUGUGACAGCACAGGUUCCAGGUGGAGGGUCGCCUUGCCGCACGUCCCAGGCCAGUGCACCAGCCUCCCAGAUCCUGUCAAGGGCACCGAGUGCUCUUUCUCCUGCAAAGCUGGAGAGUUUCUGGACAUGAAGGACCAGUCAUGUAAGCCGUGUGCCCAGGGCCAAUAUUCCCUCGGAACGGGCAUCAGGUUUGAUGAGUGGGAAGAGCUACCUCACGGUUUUGCCACCCUGUCGACCAACAUUGAGAUGGAUGAUAAUACUGAGUCGCCUGAGAACUGCACAUCGUCCAAGUGGAUCCCCCUGGGUGACUACAUCUCCUCCAACACGGAUGAGUGCACAGCCACACUCAUGUAUGCUGUGGACCUGAAGCAGUCUGGCACCGUGAGCUUCGAAUACUACUACCCGGACUCCAACAUUAUCUUUGAGUUUUUUGUUCAGAAUGACCAGUGCCAGCCCAAUGCAGAUGAAUCCAGGUGGAUGAAAACCACAGAAAAAGGAUGGGAGUUCCACAGCGUGGAGCUAAAUCGAGGCAACAAUGUCCUCUAUUGGAGAACCACAGCCUUCUCUGCGUGGUCCAAAGUGCCCAAGCCUGUGCUAGUGAGAAACAUUGCCAUCACAGGGGUGGCCUACACUUCCGAGUGCUUCCCCUGCAAGCCAGGCACCUAUGCAGACAAGCAGGGCUCUUCUUCCUGCAAACUCUGCCCAGCCAAUACUUAUUCCAACAGGGGCGAGACAUCCUGUCAGCAGUGUGACCCUGACAAGUACUCAGAAAGGGGAUCUUCAUCGUGCAAAGUGCGCCCCGCUUGCACAGACCAGGAUUACUUCUACAUUCACACAGCCUGCGAUGCCAACGGAGAGACUCAGCUCAUGUACAAAUGGGCCCAACCAAAAAUCUGUUCGGAGGACCUAGAGGGGGCAGUGAAUCUGCCUGCCUCAGGCGUAAAGACCAUCUGCCCGCCCUGUAACCCCGGCUUCUUCAAGACCCCCAACAGCACCUGCAUGCCCUGCCCUUACGGCUCCUACUCCAAUGGCUCUGUCUGCAGUCGCUGCCCUGCUGGGACAGAGCCUGCCGUGGGAUUCGAGUACAAGUGGUGGAACACUCUACCUUUGAACAUGGAGACCACCGUGCUCAGCGGGAUCAACUUUGAGUACAAGGGCAUGACAGGCUGGGAGGUGGCUGGAGAUCACAUUUAUACGGCUGUUGGUGCCUCAGACAAUGACUUCAUGAUCCUUACUCUUGUGGUGCCAGGAUUUAGACCUCCGAAGUCGAUGCUGGCAGACACUGAGAAUAAAGAGGUGGCCAGGAUCACGUUUAUCUUCGAGACCAUCUGUUCUGUGAACUGUGAGCUCUACUUCAUGGUGGGUGUGAACUCUCGGACCAACACUCCUGUGGAGACAUGGAAAGGAAGCAAAGGCAAGCAGUCUUUCACCUUUGUCAUCAAGGAGAAUGCGACCAUGAGCUUCACCUGGGCCUUCCAGAGAACCACAUUUCAUGACACAGGCAGAAAAUACACCAACGAUGUCGCCAAGAUCUACUCCAUCAAUGUCACCAAUGUCAUCCACGGGGUGGCGUCCUACUGUCGUCCCUGUGCCCUGGAGGCCUCUGACUUGGGCUCCUCCUGCACCUCUUGUCCUGCUGGCUACUACAUUGACCGAGAGUCAGGAACCUGCCACUCGUGUCCUCCAAAUACGAUCCUGAAAGCCCACCAGCCCUAUGGUGUCCAAGCCUGCAUGUCCUGUGGUCCGGGAACCCAGAGCAACAAGAUCCAUUCUCUAUGCUACAACGACUGCACCUUCUCAGUCAAAACCCCCUCCCAGACUCUCAACUACAACUUCUGGGCUUUGGCAAAUACGACCUCUCUGGUUGGAGGACCCAGCUUCACUUCCAAAGGGCUGAAGUAUUUCCAUCACUUCACUCUAAGUCUCUGUGGGAACGAGGGUAAGAAACUGGCCGUGUGCACUGACAACGUCACUGACCUCCGGGUCCCUGAAGGUGCAGUGGGUUCCUCCAAAGUCAUCUCUGCCUACAUCUGCCAGGCUGUCAUCAUUCCACCACUGGUGACAGGCUAUAAGACCGCUGUGUCCUUGCAGCCUGUCAGCCUUGCCGACCGCCUACUGGGAGUGACAACAGAUAUAACUCUGGAUGGAAUCCUGUCCCCAGCUGAACUCUUCCCCCCAGAAUCCACAGGAAUCCAGGAUGUGAUCUUCUUUUAUAGAUCCAGUGAUGUGACCAAGUCCUGCAGUUCCGGGAGGUCAGCCACCGUUCGGGUCCGAUGUAGUCCGCUAAAACCUGUCCCUGGAACUCUAUCAAUACCCAGCGCCUGCUCUGAGGGGACCUGUGAUGGCUGUAGCUUCCACUUCCUGUGGGAGAGCGUGGCCGCCUGCCCACUCUGCUCAGCAGCUGACUACCAUGCCAUCGUCAGCAGCUGCGUGGCCGGGAUCCAGAAAACGACUUAUGUAUGGCGAGAACCAAAACAAUGUGCCGGAGGCAUCUCCCUGCCUGAGCAGAGAGUCACCAUCUGCAAAACCAUCGAUUUCUGGCUGAAAGUGGGCAUCUCCACCGGCACCUGUCUUGCCAUCCUACUCACCGUCUUGACCUGUUACUUUUGGAAAAAGAACCAAAAACUAGAGUACAAGUAUUCCAAGCUGGUGAUGAAUGCCAACCUCAAGGACUACGACCUGCCUGCAGCCGAUAGCUGCGCCAUCAUGGAGGGCGAGGAUGCAGAGGAUGAACUCAUCUUCACCAGCAAGAAGUCACUCUUCGGGAAGAUCAAAUCAUUCACUUCCAAGAGAACGCCUGAUGGAUUUGAUUCAGUGCCACUGAAGACAUCAUCGGGAGGCCCAGACAUGGACCUGUAAGAGGCACUGCCUUGCCUCCUCCCAGUGGCGUCACCUUGCAAACCUGUGGCACUUGGGGGUGCCAGCUUCCUGCAACACCCUCUUCACUGUGGCCUUAUCAGAAGAUUGAAUUGCUGAUCUUUGUGGUUUGCUUUGGUUUUUUAUUUUUUAUGGAACACCAAACCCUUCUUUCUGCUUGCCUCAGACCUGCCAAAUAUACCCGUAAUUUGUA